CCCAACUGUCGGGUUGGUGUCCCCUACGCUGUGGAAGAAUGAGGAUGAACUUUGGGUUGACUUUCAGGGCCGCGAACGGCUGCUGGAAGGUGAACCUCAGCCAACGGUGCGCACGUGGCCGCAUUGGGUUAUUCGUGCCCCCGAGUCCUCCUGUGGACGCUGAGAAGCUUCAAGAGUUACAACGCUUCGUCACGCUUUCCAAGAAAGUCCUGGUGAUGACCGGGGCAGGAAUCUCCACCGAGUCAGGGAUCCCAGACUACAGGUCCGAAAAGGUGGGACUUUAUGCCCGCACGGACCGGAGGCCCAUCCAGCACCGGGAUUUUGUGCGGAGCGCUGCAGUGCGCCAGCGCUACUGGGCGAGGAACUUUGUGGGCUGGCCGCAGUUCUCCUCUCAUCAGCCUAACCCCGCGCACUGGGCCUUGAGCAACUGGGAGAGACGUGGAAAGCUGUACUGGUUGGUGACCCAGAACGUGGACGCCUUGCACACCAAGGCGGGGAGCCGGCGCCUGACAGAGCUCCACGGAUGCAUGCACAGGGUCCUCUGCCUGGAUUGUGGCGAGCAGACUCCGCGUGGGGUGCUGCAGGCGCGCUUUGCAGCCCUGAACCCCACCUGGAGCGCCGAGGCCCACGGCCUGGCUCCUGAUGGCGACGUCUUCCUCACAGAGGAGCAGGUGCGGAGCUUUCAGGUGCCGUCCUGCGCUCGGUGUGGCGGCCGCCUGAAACCAGAUGUCGUUUUCUUCGGGGACGCAGUGAACCGCGACAUGGUCGACUUUGUGCACAGGCGUGUCCAAGAAGCCGACUCCCUCUUGGUGGUGGGAUCAUCCUUGCAGGUGUACUCUGGUUACAGGUUUAUCCUCACCGCCCAGGAGAAGAAGUUACCAAUUGCAAUACUGAACAUUGGGCCCACUAGGUCGGAUCACCUGGCGUGUCUGAAGCUGGAUUCUCGUUGUGGGGAGCUGCUGCCUCUAAUAGACCCACACUGACCACAGCCUGACGCUCCUGAGCCAGACGCUGGGACUUGCACCCGCAUCCUGCUGCUGAAGAUCCCUAAGGAUUCAUCCCUUCUCCAAUUGAAGUUCAGAGUGCAGCCUGUAGAGGGCAGCAAACCAACGUCUCUGCCAGCCCGGUUCAGAACCUGCAGUUUCAGAGCCAAGGAGUUUAGAUCUUUAGGCUGAUGAGAUUUGCCCCUGAAAACAGACUUUUUCCAAGCAGGAGCUUCUCCUGAUAGGAAAAUUCCUAAACUGCUUUCACUUCCUUUUUUAUCUCAUCAAGAAGGAGAAAUGGCCCAAGAACUAUGUAGGUCAGAAUGGUCUUUGGAGUAAUAACCCAGGGAUUGCACUAACGUGUGUG